CCUGUAACCCUGUGUACUAGUCUGCAAGCAAACAUGACGACCGAGACGCGUCCAGUUCUGCCGCUGGAUGUCAUCAUUCGAUGUAUAUUCACUAGGCUCGAUCCCAAUGAGAUCACCACCACAGCUCGGCUAGUUUGCCGCUCUGCUCGUGCGCAAAUUGCUUGCACAACAAUUCAGCUCCGUUCUCCAGUGCCGCACCACAGCUUCGCCUGGCGAUUCAGCGACCUGAAUGUCCAGCAUGACUCUGAAACGCAAGCAAGCGCUCGCGAUGUCGUCGUGCAGGCUGCACGCCUGGACACCAGCACCCUGGUCGCUGCGAUUCCUGCGAGCCAGACGGGUCCCUUUCCAGGCCGUGGGCUGCGCUUCCUCACUCUCGACCAGCGCGUGACGCUGACUGCCCUCACCGCCGCAAGCGGCUGCCUAGCCAACCUGCAGCUGCUGCUCCGCCUGGGUGCGUGCCCGCCCGGACCCACCAUCUUAAGCGCUGCCGCUUCCCGCGGCCACGUCCACAUGUGCGAACACCUCGCGGCCGAAGGCUGCCCCGUGGAAGCACACAUACUGUCUGCCGCCGCCGCUAGCGGCUGUCUCGGCAUGCUGCAGUGGUGCCGGCGCCAGUACCCCAGCCUCACGCCCACCGCGGCAACGCUGGUGGCAGCCGCCGGCGCGCUGCGGGACUGCGCCGGCGGCUGGGCGGGGGCGACGGCGGUGGUUGAGGAGCUGCUGGCCGAGGGCUGCGCCUGGCAUGCCGGCGCGCCGAGCGCGGCAGCGCGUGUGGGCCACGUGCGCCUCAUGCAGCGGCUGCUGCAGCACCAGAGGCGGCGGCGGCUGCCCCUGGACCUUGCGCAGCUCCUGGCGGCGGCGGCGGAGGGCUGUGACGCCGCCACCCUGCGGCGCCUGUUGCUGCUGCUGCCGUGCUCCGGGGGACCUGGGCGGGGUAAUAAAGGGCUGGCACUGCAGCCGGGUGUGGCGGCGCAGUGGCAGCAGCAGGGGCAGCAGCUGGUGGUGGAUGGGUACGCGGCGGAUCGGAUUGUGGCGGCGGCGGCCGGCAGCGGCACUGCAGAUUGGCGCGAGAAGGUAGAGAUGCUGCUAGACCACGGCGCCAGCCGGAUGCAGCAACAGCCGCAACAGCCGCAACAGCUACAGCAGAUGGAUGUUGAGCAAGUGCAGGAGGCAGAGGCGGCCGUCGCAGGGGCAGCAGGGGCAGAACUGGGGCCAGGGGAAGCUGCGCUCGGCCAGCAGCAGCCGCAUCCUCCCCAGCAGCCCGCCGCCCCUGCUGCCGCUGCGGCCCGUGGCGCCAGCAUCGCACCGUUCCAGCCUUGCACCAAGGCCUGCAGCGCCGCCGCAGCCCUGCUGCCGCACGGGGAGGCGCUGAGCCGCCUGCGCUGGCUCCACCUGACGGCGGGCUGUCCUGUGGACUGGUCGGCCACCACGGCAGCGGCACGCGCUGGCAAUGAAGGCAUUCUGCGGUUCCUGCUGCGAAGGGAAGGCGUGGAGGAUCAGGCGGCGCAGCAGCAGUCGUCGGGGCAGCCGCAGCGACUGGCGCCGGCGGAAGAUGCGCUUGGGCGUGGUCCGCGAGCUCGCGGCCUGGUCCCCAUCAGUGCCGCUUACCAUGCCGCGGCGCGCGGGCACCUGGGAUGCCUGCGGCUGCUGCUGACGUGGCUGGCGGAGCAGGGCCAGGCGCCCCGCGAUCUGGCGGAGCUCGACGCCGGCUACAGCGCUGCCGCCGCCGGCCGUGGAGGCGCGGCAGCAGAUGGCGGGCAUCCUGGGAUGACGCCAGCACCAGCACCAGCGCCAGCGCCAGCGCCAGCGCCAGCGCCAGCGCCAGCGCCAGCGCCAGCGCCAGCGCCAGCGCCGGCAAUGGGCAGCGGGUCGUUGAUGGGUCAGCUGCUGGCGGCUCACGAGGUGAUGUUGGGUGCGGCGACUGGAGGGCAGGUCCACGUGUUGGCAUACGUGCUGAGCCGCCUGACGUCACCACCAGCCCCGCCGCCGCUGCCGCUGCCGCCGCCUCCCCAACCCACUUGCCCGUCUGGGAGGGGUGCUCUGCCACCGGCAGCUGCCGGCAGCAGUAGCAGCGGCUGUGGAGGCGGUGGCUGCGGCAGCAGUAGCAACAGGCCCCAUGCAGUAAGCGUACUGGUGUGCAGCCCCAGAGUGAUGAACGCGGCUGCGGCGUCCGGCAGCGUGGCGGCGGUGCAGCUGCUGCUUGAGGCGGGCGCCGCCGCGACGCGGUCCGCCUUUGAGGCGGCGGCGGCGGCGGGAUGCGAGGCCGUGCUGGAGUACCUGGCCGCGGCGGAGGGCGGCGUCUUGGGGUCGGAUGGCCGCACCGCAGCGCUGGAUGCGGCUGCAACGGCGGCCGCGCGCAGGCGGGACGCGCGGACGCUCCGGACGCUUGUGUCAUUGGGCUGGCAGCCGCAGCUGGGCUCUGACGGCGUGGGGGGCUGCCUCUCCCGCGUAGGCGGCCGGGGCUAUGUGACCAGCCAGGGGUGCUAGCGGGUGUAAAAGAGCGGGUUCGGAGGAGGUGAAGCCCGCGAAUUUGCUAGAAUCGCAAGGAAGGAGCGGCUGAUUGAGUGAGUCUGCUCAAGGAUGUCUUGACUUAGGCUAGUACCUACGAAUAGUGCAGUAAGUGAGCUGCACAGCGCGCAUUGCCAGAGGAAGCCUGAGCUGUACGGCGGCCAUAUCAGGGCCGAAGGCUAGAAGACUUCCGGAGGAGUGCACUCACGGCGCCAUGCCACUGAGCGUUGAGGGCCGCAUUGUUGUGAGUAGUGAAGUUUUGUGGUGAGCAUGACGUGCAGCCUGCUAGUGAGCUGAGCAGUUGAGAUUUGAGAGGUUGCAGAUGCUUUUGCGAGGUCUGUACCAUUUCGCUAGAAGGGCAGGGCCUUGCAAACCCUGGGCGCAAGGCGCUGGACUUGCGAUUCGAGCUCGGUCGCCUGUAGAAAGAAAUCCCUCCCGCUGCGUGCCUGCGCUCCGGUCACGUGCACAGUGGCAGGCAGGACGCGACCAUACGGCUACUUUGUACUGGGGCAGGCACGGGCUUCGGCCAAAACCGUGCAUUAAGGAUGGCUCACAAUGGCCAAACUGCCUGCUACUCACAACCCUUUCCCGCGCAUUUCUCAUGCUCUGCCGGGGCAGCGGCAUUCCCCGCGCUCAGGCGGGGCAGCGCCGCAGCGGGAGGGGAGGGUCAGGGCUGACCAAGCAUUGGCGGUUGUUGGAUGAUGGGGGCGGGGCUAGUGGAUGGCCAACGCAAUGUUGCUUUAUGUGGGAACGCAGCGAGUGCGAGGGAGCCUCGGACGCUCCCGGGGGGCUGAACAUUGACAGUCCGCUGGCGUGGGUGGGCAGUAACCCAGUAACACUUCCUGCCCUGCGUGUGCUGACGUGGGUGGGCUGACAGUAACCCAAUGACAGUUCCUGCCCCGUACAUGUUGACGUGGGUGGGCUGUACAUCGCCCAUGAAUAGCUGUUCCUGCCCCGUAUGGCCGCUUCCUUUCCG